UUACUGUAGCGUGGGUCCCAGUGUUAAUAAAACGCAAACGCUGAAUGUGAGGAGAAAACGCAAAUCCAAUCGCUUUUGUUAUAAAAAAAAAAAAAAAAAAAAAAAAAAAAAAGAGAGAGAGAGAGGUAGAGAGAUAUGAAAACAAUCGUUCAAAAAAAAGAGAUGAGAACAAGGAGAGGGCUUUGUUACCCUAGAGUUGUUGAAGACAAGAACAUGAGAGUUGUGAAGCGAAGGAGAGAUUUCGCCGCCGAACAAGCUAGUUACCGGAAAAGAAGCCGGAAUUCUUCUGAUAUCGCUGGAAAGCGUGACUUGUUCGAUGCCUUGCCGGACGAUCUCGUCAUUUCCAUUCUCCGCAAACUUAGCCCCUCCGAUUCCGCCAACAUUCUCCUCACGUGCAAGAGGUUAAGCGGUUUAGUACCAAUUGUUGAUUGGCGGAGCCAAUUAAAGCCAGAUUCUCGUCAAAGAAUCGUCAACAAGAUAAUGGAAACUUUGAAGAGGCAUCUCCCUGUUUCUAGCCAAGAGGGAUUACAUGAACUCAGGAAAAUUGCUAUAAAGUUUGAGGAAAAGAUUUAUACAGCUGCCACAAGCCAGUCAGAUUAUCUACGAAAAAUAUCUCUGAAAAUGCUUACAAUGGAAACCAAGUCUUAGAAUCCUAUAGGCAAUGCUUUGCCAUCCAACUCUGCUGGCAAUGGUAAUAAUUAGUCCCCAGAUGCAGGGAUGAGUAUGCAGCCCCAAGUUCAUAAUCCAGGGCAGUCACUUCCUAUUCCAUUAUCAGCUAAUCAGUCUCGCCAACAGAUGUUAUCUCAAAACAUUCAGAAUAACAUUCCAUCUGCUGGAGUUCAAAGCACUGCCAGUUUACCAUCUGCACUGCCUCCUGUCUCUGGUUUAAGUCAGAAUCCUAUACCAAAUGUUGUUGGCCAUGUUCAGCUUUAAUGCUUUAACUUCACUUUUCUUGAGAUAUUUGUGGUGUUGAUGGAAUCUAUUCUAUAUGUCAUCUCAUAUGGAUGUAAAUGCAUGUUUAACAAGUAUUUAGUUAUCUAAACUAGUAAUUCAUCAAAAAA